CUUCCACUACUUACACUAGAAUUUGGUAAUACGCAAUGUUGUGUAUUAUAAAUAGCUAAGCUUAGAUAUUUGGAUUAUCAUUUCACCUUUUGAUCACAAAAGAAACAACAUGUUCACCAAAGUGGUAGCACUCUGCGCUUUCGUGGCUGCGGCCCAGGCUGGUCUCCUGGCUGCGCCUGCCCACUACUCCCCUGCUGAAGCAGUUUCUUCUCAGAGCAUCGUCCGUCACGACCAGGCCCAGGCUGCUCCCGUGGCUAAGCUCGCAUAUGCCGCUCCUGUAGCCAAGCUUGCCGUCGCCGCUCCUGUGGCUUACCACGCCGCUCCUUCCGUGGCCUACCACGCCGCACCUGCUCACUACUCCUCUGCUGCCGCUGUCUCCUCCCAGAACAUCGUGCGUCACGACCAGUCUGCCCAAAACGCUGCUCCUGCUCACGUUGCCUACCACGCAGCCCCCGCUGCUGUCGCCUACCACGCUGCCCCCGCCCCGGUCGCCUACCAUGCUGCCCCAGCCCCCGUCGCCUACCACGCUGCCCCAGUUGCCAAACUGGUCGCUCAACAAGAAGAGGUCGCCUAUCCCAAGUAUGAGUACACAUACUCGGUUGCUGAUGGCCACACUGGCGACAACAAGUCCCAGCAGGAGUCUCGUGAUGGUGAUGUUGUGAAGGGAUCUUACUCUUUCCAAGAAGCUGAUGGCUCCAUCAGAACUGUAGAGUACACCGCUGAUGACCACAACGGUUUCAACGCGGUUGUGCACAACUCCGCCCCCACUGCUGCCCCAGUCCAAAUCAAAGCUGCGCCCCUGCUUGUAAAGGCUGCCCCUGCCCUCAAGUACUACCACCACGACACUAGCGGCACAACUAAUGGUGCUACACCGUUCAUUCCGUCCAUUAAUGCUCUUGAUUCCAAACAUAAGGGUGUUUUUCCAACAGAGAUAACUAUCAAAAUGUUUUCCAAAAUCGUAGCUCUUUGCGGAUUGGUGGCGGUGUGCCAGGCUGGUCUCCUGCCCGCCCCCGUGCACUACUCCUCUGCUGCCGCUGUCUCCUCCCAGAACAUCGUGCGCCACGACCAGCCCGCCCAGCAGGUCGCCUACCACGCGGCUCCCGCUGUCGCCUACCACGCCGCCCCCGUUGCCGUCGCCUACAAGGCCGCUCCCGCUGUCGCCUACCACGCCGCUCCCGUCGUAGCCCGCGCUGAAGAGUUCGACGCUCACCCCAAAUACGAGUACAACUACUCCGUAGCUGACAGCCACACCGGUGACAACAAGUCCCAGCAGGAGUCCCGCGACGGUGAUGUCGUGAAGGGCUCGUACUCCUUCCACGAAGCCGACGGCUCCGUCAGGACUGUGGAGUACUCCGCCGACGACCACAGCGGCUUCAACGCCGUGGUACACAACACCGCCCCCACUGCCGCUCCCGUGCUCGUCAAGGCCGCUCCCGCCUACAACAUCGUGCGCCACGACCAGCCCGCCCAGCAGGUCGCCUACCACGCGGCUCCCGCUGUCGCCUACCACGCCGCCCCCGUUGCCGUCGCCUACAAGGCCGCUCCUGCUCACUACUCUUCAGCUGCUGCCGUAUCUUCCCAAAACAUCGUGCGUCAUGACCAGCCAGCCCAACGCGUAGCCGUCGCUGCCCCCGCUGUGGCCUACCACGCCGCCCCUGCCGUCGCCUACCACGCCGCCCCCGCUGUGGCCUACCACGCUGCUCCCGCCCCUGUUGCCUACCACGCCGCUCCCGUCGUUGCCCGCGCUGAAGAGUUCGACGCUCACCCCAAAUACGAGUACAACUACUCCGUAGCUGACAGCCACACCGGUGACAACAAGUCCCAGCAGGAGUCCCGCGACGGUGAUGUCGUGAAGGGCUCGUACUCCUUCCACGAAGCCGACGGCUCCGUCAGGACUGUGGAGUACUCCGCCGACGACCACAGCGGCUUCAACGCCGUGGUACACAACACCGCCCCCACUGCCGCUCCCGUGCUCGUCAAGGCCGCUCCCGCCUACGUUGCUGCGCCCGCUCACUACUACCACCAUUAAACAAAAGAAAAACUCUCAUUAUUUAUUGAUAUAAUAAAUUAAGUGUGAUAAUUGA